AUGACACUGGGGCUGUCGCUGGACCUGCACAAGCCCAUCGACAAACGCAUUUACAAGGGGACGCAGCCGACCUGCCACGACUUCAACCAGUUCACUGCCGCCGCUGACACCAUCGCUCUCCUGGUUGGCUUCUCAGCCGGGCAGGUCCAGUACCUCGACCUCGUUAAGAAGGACACCAGCAAGCUCUUUAAUGAGGAGCGCCUGAUCGACAAGACGAAGGUGACCUUCGUUAAAUGGCUGCCAGAGACGGAGCGGCUCUUCCUGGCUUCCCACGCCAGCGGCCACCUGUACCUGUACGACGCCGAACAGCCCUGCGGGGCCUCGGCCCCCCAGUACAACCUCCUGACGCAAGGAGAGGGCUUCAGCGUCUUUGCCUGUAAGAGCAAGACCCCCCGAAACCCCCUCCUCAAAUGGGUGGUGGGCGAGGGGGCUCUUAACGAAUUCGCCUUCUCGCCGGACGGGCGCUCGCUGGCCUGCGUCAGCCAGGACGGCUGCCUGCGUGUCUUCCACUUCGACUCCAUGCUGCUGCAGGGGAUGAUGAAGAGUUAUUUCGGGGGGUUGCUCUGCGUCUGUUGGAGCCCCGACGGGCGUUACGUGGUGACAGGGGGUGAGGACGACCUGGUGACCGUCUGGUCCUUCGCCGAGGGGCGGGUCGUGGCUCGAGGUCACGGUCACAAGUCUUGGGUCAACGCCGUGGCCUUCGAUCCCUUCACCGAGGCAGCCCAGACCCCCCAGCCCCCUGAGCUAAGUGGGGGUGAGGAGGAGGUUGAGCCCCCCGAUCCCCUUGUCCGCCGCUCCCCCGCUGUCACCUACCGCUUCGGCUCAGCUGGCCAGGACACCCAGUUCUGCCUGUGGGACCUGACCGAGGACGUCCUCUACCCUCGGCCUCCCCUCUCCCGUGCCCGUACCCUCACUGGAUCGGGGGACACCAGCAUUCCCAUGCCAGGGCUACCCCGCUCACUCUCCCGCUCCAACAGCCUCCCGCAGCCAGCGGGGACGGGCUCAGCCCGCGGCCCCCCGCCUGACGUCCCCCCAGCCCUCAGCGUUGGUCGCUUCGCCACGUUGACAUUGCAGGAACGUAAGGGACCCUCGGGCGCUGAAAAAGAGCACAAACGUUACCACAGUUUGGGUAACAUCAGCCGGAGCGGGGAGAAACCUCCCAGCGGUGCCGGAUCCCGGGGACGGCUGGAUACAGCCAAGGUGCUGGGGACCGCGCUGUGCCCUCGGAUUCACGAGGUGCCACUGCUGGAACCCCUCGUCUGCAAGAAGAUCGCCCAUGAACGGUUGACGGUGCUGCUCUUCUUGGAGGAUUGUAUCGUCACCGCCUGCCAGGAGGGACUCAUUUGCACCUGGGCCCGGCCUGGCAAGGCUGGACUGUCCUCGCAGAACGGCGGCUCCCCCAGCGGCACCGUGGUAUAGCCGUCACCGUCACCCGGUGCCGUCACCGUCACCCGUACGUACCCCUACGGGUGCCACCACCCCGCUCGAGGACACCGCUCCAUCCCCGUACUACUGAGUCCCCCCCCGGGUGGGCGGGCAGGCGCCCCGUUGUCCCCACGGCCACCUGCCAUCGUCCCCCAGCAGGGUGGUGGUGC